GUAGUCCGCCGCAUCCGGGUCCGCGGACAAGGAUGAACGGCGACUUCCAAGAUGGCGGCGGAGGGAGGAGGGAAGGAGACCAACGACAUUAAAACUCAGUUCACCACACGGGAAGGGGUCUACAAACUCCUCACGCACUCCGAGUACAGCCGCCCGAACCGGGUGCCUUUCAACUCGCAGGGUUCCAACCCCGUCAAGGUCUCCUUCGUCAACGUGAACGACCAGUCGGGCAACGGCGACAGGGUCUGCUUCAAUGUGGGCCGGGAGCUCUAUUUUUAUAUCUACAAAGGUGUGAGAAAGGCCGCCGACCUCAGCAAGCCCAUAGACAAGAGGAUAUACAAAGGAACGCAGCCCACCUGUCAUGACUUCAACCCCCUAACAGCCACCGCUGAGAGUGUGUCCCUACUAGUUGGCUUCUCGGCAGGCCAGGUGCAGCUCAUAGAUCCCAUCAAGAAGGAGACUAGCAAGCUCUUUAACGAAGAGAGACUCAUCGACAAGUCACGAGUGACGUGCGUACGAUGGGUUCCUGGUUCAGAAAGCCUCUUCUUGGUGGCUCACUCGAGUGGCUCCAUGUACUUGUACAAUGUGGAGAACACAUGUGGGGCAGCAGCGCCGCAUUACCAGCUCCUCAAGCAGGGGGAAAACUACGCCGUGCACACAUGCAAGAGCAAAUCGGGCCGCAACCCCUUACUGCGUUGGACGGUGGGGGACGGGGCGCUCAAUGAGUUCGCCUUUUCCCCAGACGGAAAGUUCCUGGCCUGCGCAAGCCAAGAUGGCUAUUUGCGGGUGUUUGGUUUUGAUGCCGCUGAGCUGCACGGCACCAUGAAGAGCUACUUCGGAGGCUUGCUGUGCGUGUGCUGGAGCCCCGACGGGCGUUACAUCGUCGCGGGCGGGGAGGACGACCUGGUGUCGGUGUGGUCGUUCUCGGACUGCAGGGUGAUCGCACGGGGACACGGCCACAAGUCGUGGGUGAGCGUGGUGGCCUUUGACCACUGCACCACCAGCACGGAGGACGGCGACCCUCCUGCCGAGUUUAGCGGCAGCGACGAGGACUUUAACGAGCAGAUUCAUAUUAGGGACAGAGCCAACAGCGCCAAUUCUAGACUUUCCAAGAGGAACUCUACAGACAGUCGGCCUGUUAGCGUGACCUACAGAUUUGGGUCAGUGGGCCAGGACACGCAGCUGUGUCUGUGGGACCUUACUGAGGACAUCCUGUUUCCUCAUCUCCCGCUGUCUCGCACCAGGACUCACACUAAUGUGAUGAGUGCCACGAGCCCUCCAGCUACUGGACACAACUCAACAAGCACGAUAUCCACUGCCACCACUAAUCCCAGUGGCGCUAAUGGCAAAGACACUGUUAGCAACAGCAGCACAGGCGGCAACACGCCAAACUCCCUCCCAGGCACGCUGCCUCGCUCCAACAGCCUGCCACAAUCCCCCAACCCAGCAGGGGGCGGCAGCACGCCCAACAGCCAUGCUGGCAGCAACAGCAGCAGCGGCAGCAACAAUAACAGCGCGAAGGGCGGCAGCAUCAUCGACACCGCUCUGAUCGGCGCCGGGAAGUUCGCCACGCUGUCAAUACACGAGUCGCGUAAGGAGCGCCCGGAGAAGGAUCACAAGCGCGUGCACAGCGUCGGCCACGUUGGCAGCAAGAGCAGCGACAAGCUUAACCAGCUGAGCGUGUCGCGGGGGGCCAAGAACGACACAGCCAAGACGCUGGGCACCACUCUGUGCCCGCGCAUGGAGGAGGUACCGCUGCUGGAGCCGCUGGUGUGCAAGAAGAUUUCCCACGAGAGACUCACUGUGUUGAUAUUCCUGGAGGACUGUCUGGUCACAGCCUGUCAGGAGGGCUUUGUGUGCACGUGGGCCAGGCCUGGGAAAGUGGGCUUGCUGACAUCACAGAACAACCCCACCAACUCACCCAGUGGAACGGUCGUAUAGCCCCGCCCCCUUCAGCCCCUCUGCACCACGUCCGCCAGGGAGUCGCCGCUUCAUAGGAACUUGACGCCUUUCGUGUGCUGUGAAAAGGGUGCUAUCUUCCAAGUAGUAGUGCUUUAAAAUGGUAGAUGAAAGGGUUGCCAUGGUUAUUCUGCCGCUAGUUUUGUACAGCCUUCUUCUGUGGUUCAGCGUUGGUCGCUCAAAGGUGUUUUCAAGCCGCUGCAUAUUCUCUCAGACUUGAGUUCAUUCUUCCUUCAAAUCACACAAAGUGUAUUUGCACAAUUCUUUCUUCCUCUUAAUUCCUGGCUGAAGAACACAAGCAGAUUAGGAAGCACUUGGCUCAUCGGCGCCCCCUGUCUCCACGCUGGAUGCUGCAAUCAUGUUUUUCUUUUAUUAUUUAGAAAAAUAACAUUUGCACUUAAUAGUUUAAAGAGAACGGAUGUACUUUUUGUGGAGUGUUCAAAGAAAUAUAAAUAGAAUUAUUAAAAACCUUUGUACCGUUUAUUUUAAUAUUGUUUUCAGACGACACAGGCUCUGUAUUAUAUGUAAAUAUUGUACUUCAAUGAUUUAUGGAGAUGAUCAAUAGUUUAAAAGAGCCUCUUUUGAGAGAAUAGAGCUAUUUCUAAUACAGAAAAUCUAUACCUAAUCUUAAAAUUUUCAAUAUGCAGAUUUUUUUGAACUUUUGUUGUAUAUAAAGAGAAUUCAGGUGUAUUUUUAUUAAUGCAACAUUUGUUAUAUAGGAGAUCAUUUUAUCUAACUGGUAGGGCUGAAUAUUCGCCUGCCUGGAAGGAAGGCAGGACACUUUCAGCCAUAACUGAGCUCAGGUAAAACGCAGGAACACACGCCGACCAAAGUGUGAAUUGAUGAGGCGCGUUAUAAUUGUUAAAAACACUUAUAAAAUCAUGCUCUCGCUGGAUGUUGCUUUUGGAUGCGUGAGGGUGUUUCCCUACCGCCUGCACUGUGGGGAGAUUUGAACGGUGGCCGCCUUUUCCUCCAUUAAAACUGUUUGCAAGACUA